AAAUACCAUAGGAGACCAAAACAAAACAAAACAAAGGUCACUCUAAACUAUUUGUCCUGCAGACCCUUUAUUUCCCACAAGAGCAGCCUAUAACAGUUGAGUGAUGUGAAUGUGAAUAUUAGGAAGGCGUGGCCAGUCAUCAAACUGCUGGAGUUCCAGGGAGGGCUGUGCGCUCCUGCCUGUGGUUUCGGUAACCGACCAGUCAAAAGAGUCUGUCAGCAGGACCGGGAGCUGCGCGUACUGUAGGAAGGAAGGAGCUGGAUAAAGCGCACAGGGUCGGCGCAGGUAUUUGCUCAUUUUUCUUUCCCUGUCUUCUUUUCCGCUGCGUCUCCUAUGCUGGAUGCAAUCCAUCACCGCGUCAACAACACACCUCUGACGGACAAACCAUGGACAGUCUAGGCAGCCGCUGUAAGAUUGUGGUGGUCGGGGACACGCAGUGUGGGAAAACGGCACUCCUGCACGUUUUUGCCAAGGACUGCUAUCCAGAGAACUAUGUACCCACGGUGUUUGAAAACUACACAGCCAGUUUUGAGAUAGAAAAGCAUCGGAUCGAGCUGAAUAUGUGGGACACAUCAGGUUCCUCUUAUUACGACAACGUGAGGCCGCUGGCGUAUCCUGACUCAGAUGCGGUUCUCGUCUGUUUCGACAUCAGCCGCCCAGAGACUUUGGACAGUGUCAUAAAGAAGUGGCAAGGGGAGACGCAGGAGUUUUGUCCUAACGCCAAAGUGGUGCUAGUGGGCUGUAAGCUGGACAUGAGGACAGACGUCAGCACCCUGAGGGAGCUGUCCAAGCAGCGCCUCAUCCCUGUCACCCACGAGCAGGGCAGCACAAUAGCUCGACAGAUGGGGGCGGUGGCCUACGUAGAGUGCACCUCCAAGGUUUCGGAGAACAGCGUUCGGGACGUGUUCCACGUCACCACGGUGGCGUCAGUGCAGCGGCCGCACAAGCCGCAGCUAAAACGCAGCAGUUCCCGCAGAGGCUUGAAGCGAGUGUCACAGCUCCCCCUGCCACCCCUGCCGGGGCGGACUGAGCAAAUGGACGAGGCCCCCGCCAUGAGGAAGGACCGGGCCAAGAGCUGUGUGUUGAUGUAGAGACCCAUCACAAUAAAUAUAUAUAUAUGUAUAUACAUAAACACAGAAUUAUAUAACAGAGGAGGUCUAUUUAUUGUUUUUUGUUGUUCAUCUUUUUCUCAUAUUUAAAUUGUUUGCACUGCAGAGGAAGAACGAAACACUGCGGAAAGAAUUGCUUUGGAUUUUUUUCUUUUUUUUUUGCGUGUGUGCAUAUUUUCUAAGUUGUUUACAUAUUUGUGUUUUGAAAUGAUGGCAAAUUGGACUAACCCUCUGGACAAGAGGAAGCUGUGAUAGUGGAAAUGCCGUCUAGUCCCGGGUAUUAGGAGGAAUUAAUUUCCUGAAACCACACUAAUGGGAGGAUGGCACGGCGGAGAAGCGACAGCGGGGAGGAUGAAGUGCGUGUGAGGACCAUGUUGAAGCAGGAUGUCUGGGGGAUGAAGCUUGUUGUUUUCAAAGACAGUGUUGCUCAGUGAACAUAAGGACUAAUUCUCUCGCUGCACUGUCUGCAGUUGCUUCCUGUUGCCAUAUUUGAGAGGAAAUGUACAAUAAUGCUGAAAAGGGAUUCUAGUGAAUAGAUGAAUGAUGGCUCAAACCAAACAUUAAGAGCUGGAAAUGAGAUUAUGUAACACUGAAGCAUUGUGAAGGUGUGCAUUACUACCACAAGUGCAUUUUAGAAGAAGUCACAACAUAUCUGAUUUUGUUUUCCUCAUUUAACACAACGUUUCUCAUCAACUCCAACUGUUUCAGAUUCACUGAAGUUAAUGCUGUUGUAUCUAUUUUAAAGAUGUUUGUGGAAAAUAAAGUGGUAAAAUGUUAGGGAUUAUUUGUUUUCCUUUCACUAAAGUCUAAAAUAAAGCACCAGCUUGACUACAGGGAAAGGACGA